GAAAAUUCUUUGUCUUAAAAAUGUCUUGUUACGGUUCAAAAUACAAAUUUUGAUAUUAGAUUGUUAGCCACCGGUAUACGGUGGAUGUUCUCACUGCCUUCCCUACUAAAUUACACUGUGUUCAUUUUAUUUUACACGUACCUAGUAAAGACCUUGCCUUACGUGAAAUUUUUGAAUGAAAAUGUGAUUUUCAUUGUACCACAUUCGAGUUGACAGCACAAUGUCUGCAUUUACUUAGCGUCACAAUGUUUACCGUGCAUGGUAACAACAGUCCCGCAUCACUAUCGUACAUCGCCGUACUCAGAAAUAGUUGAUGUUAGCAGUGAAAUUGUAAUUGGUGUGUACCUUUAUUCGGUCACAAACAUUUUGAAGAUAAUCAUAAUUUAUUACAUUGUAAUAGAAAUAAUGUUGGUAGAAGCCGAAUAUAUUGAAAGCAUCGUAGUCCCCAGCUAGCGCGAGAGAAAACUGUGUUCAUAGUAUUCAACCAUUUUUAUAAACAGCCGUAUGACGAUACCGUUCCGCUGUCUUCGGAACAGUAUUAUUAAGGUCAUGCUUUCAAUAUCUUUGUCUGAGAACAUAUUUAGUAAUAGCUGGAGUAUUCGCUAAACACGAACUGGUAGAUUGUAAUUGUUGUGAGGUACAUUCAGUGUUAUCUAUAAUGUUGACGAUGCUUCGUUUUACCAUUGGCUCGGAACAAGUGUCGAGUACUUGUGAGUUUAUUGACGGCGCUAGACGCCUCCCAUUGUUAAAUAGAUACAAAAUGGAAAAAUGAAAGCAUCUCCAACAGUUUAACUAUAUUUGCUAAGCA